AAUUGCAAAUGGCGACGUGACAGACAAUUUACAUUUAACACGCAACAUAACACGCAACAUACCGCGUGUAAACUUGACUCCAUUCCACAUGAAAUAUUUUAUCUAUCGUUAGUUUUGCACCUUUUCCGCCUAGUUUUCGCAGUAUUAACCAUUUAACCAAUGAGGAUCGACAUAUAGAUCAAGUAAAGCUCAACUAGUGAUUGUAUGCCUAAUAAAAAGCCAGCGAUACUGAUUCGGCCUCGGCUGCAGGCGAAGUCGAAGACUAAGUCCAAGAAGAAGGAGAAGCGCCUCGGGGGACCAGCCCGUGGGAACGACGUGGAUAUGCCACUGCCAGGUCCCCGUGGUCCUGGGCCAGGAAUGCCUGGACCAUUUCAUCCUUCAGAAAUGCAGCCGGGCAUGAUGCACCGAGAUGGUCCUAGGUUUCCUGUGCAUGAUAUGGGCGGUCCUGGUCCCGGUCCAAGAAUGCAAGGUCCAGGCAUGCCCAUGGGUAAUAACAUGAUGGGCAACCAACCCCCCUGGGCGCGACCUAACCACGGUCCUAUGAAUCAACCAAUGCUUAACCAGCCUAUGGGCAUGGAGCAGCAUCGGGAGUAUGAUGCACCUCCUAUGCAAUACGGCCAGGCACACCAACAACAGAGAAUGCCACAUCCACAGCAGAUGCCAUUUCCACAGCAGAACCAGGGGGUUCGUCCAGCAUUUCAGCAACAGGGUCCAAUGCCGUUCCCAGGUCCUCAACAGCAGGGACCAAUGCCACAGCAGCAGUUCCCUCCAAGCUCUUCACAAAGUGUCAACGUGACGCCGGGCUGGAAAGUGGGACUGUAUGCCAGUGAAAACAGCAAGAUGCAGCAUAGUCCAGAUGCUCCACCCCAUGGAGAUGAUGAUGAUGAUGGAAAGAAAAGAAAAGCAGCCAGCAAGGCCAGAAGAAGGGAGAGAAGGAAACAGGAGAGAGAAAAGCGGGAGGCCGAAAAUAAUGCAGAAUCUGCUUUAUGGGAUGUUGUCACGUCCAUCGUUAGCUUCCCCGGCGAGGGUGAGGAAGAAGAUCGGGAAUCCCGGGAUCAGACUGCAAGAGAUCAAGAUCCAAGAGUGCGUGGAUCCCGAGAACGAGACUUGAUGGAACGGGAACUAAGACAGCGAGAGUUACGAGAUCGAGAACUCAGGGAGCGAGCCUUGAGAGAGCGCGAACUGGUGGAGCGACAAAUAUGGGAAAGAAAUGUGAGAGAGCGCGAAAUGCAAGAACAAGAAUUGAGGGAAAGGGAAUCAAGAGAGCAGGAACAGGAAUCAAGAGAGAAGAAAUUGCGAGAAAUUGACCAGAGAACGCAAGAUCCGAGGCAACGUAAUCUGAGGGAAAGAGCCUCAAGCGAAGGGCCUCUUAGACGAGAGGAACAUAGACCAGGAGAUGGUCGGGAUGAUAGAUUUAGAAGCAGUGGGAGUGAUCGCAGGAGAGAUGAUGAUGAUCGAAGAAGAGAUGACGGACGGAGGGAUGAUCGUGACCGAAAGAAGGAUGAUACCCGAGGAAGAGAAGAGGAUCGUAGGAGGGAUGAAGAUCGAAGAAGAGAUGAGGAUCGAAGGAGGGAUGAAGAUCGAAGAAGAGACGAAGAUAGAAAGAGGGAUGAGGAUCGACGGAAGAGAGAAGAUCGAAGAAGAGAUGAGGAUCGAAGGAGGAAUGAAGAUCGAAGAAGAGGUGAGGAUCGAAGGAAGGAUGAGGAUCGCAGGAGGGAUGAGAAUAGAAGGAGGGAUGACAGCAGAAGCAGAGAUGACAGCAGAAGCAGAGGACAAAAGGAGACUAGCCCAAGUUCAAGAGAUCGUCAACCAGGCAGCAGAAGUCAGGACAGGCACAUCGAUGACCGGGACAGUCGAGACAGAUAUAAAGAUGGUCAGAAGAGUCGCAGUUCCAGUCGAGGAAAUGUGAAAGAUUCAGAUACCAGUAAAAACCCUGACAGAGGAUCAUCCCAGCAAGGCCCAUCGAAGGAUCGAGAUGCCUCAAAGGCCAGGAAACCUUUCAUCGCCAGCCAGCAGUGGACGGGCAACCAGUUUCAAGAGACCUGGAACCAAGCAGUCAUACAGUCUCAAGAAGAGUGGGCCGAGAAAGCCAAGAAGGAAGAACCGACGAGCAUAGCUAACAUAGCGAAAACCCAGGAACACGUUAAGAAGGCAUUUAGCAAGGAUGACCUGGUGCAGCAACCCAUGGACAUAGACAGCGAUGGUGACGGACCUGUCUCACAGAUGAUUAUGGAGGAGAUGGCCAAGGAAACGGCGCAUGCAGCUGUGAAUAAAAUCCGGGGGAUCUUGAGGACAGCCGGGAAAGAAAACCAGAAAGAAGGAAACCAGAAAGGAGACAAGAAGAACCUUAACUUUCAGUGGACUGACAAGUCUAAAACAAAGGGUGACUUUAGGUGCAUUAUUUGCUCUCUAAACUUCACAACUCAAGCGCUUUUCAUAAAACACUGCUUGACCCCUGAGCAUCUUGAGAAGCUCAAGGUUCGUCGAGAGAAAGAAGAAGCUCUUUUAGAGUAUUACAACCGCCCUAAGAGUGCCAGCAAGGACAAGGCCAGUGCAGACCUGAAGCAAAAGGAAGAUGCUAGCAUCUCCAGCUCAAGAGGAGCGAAAGGCUCAACUAACUUAGACUCUCAAGGAAAAGCCAGUACAUCCUACAGGAAGUCUGGUACGGUAGGUGAGCUGUUGGAGCGGCAACAGAGAGGGUCCAACCAGCAACCAUCAUCAAGGGAAAGGGAGAUUGAUGACUCUGUAAAGGAGUCUUCGGGAGGCCCUGCAACCUUGUCCAAUGAAGAGCUGUCAAUGAUUGAGGCCAUGGCCAGUCAGGAGAGUGAACAGGCUGAUCUAAUGGCCAGUCAUGAAUCUAGCUCCGUUCCUUGGACAGACAACACCCAAUCUGCAAAGGAAGUAAUAAAAGUUGAUGACAGUUCUGGGUCCCUUGCCAAUGAAGGUGACACCCAUAGUCCAUUGAAGGAAGAGGACAUAUUAAGUCAACAUGAGCGUAUUCCAGGGGUAACAGAUAAUGAGAUGAUCGGCCAAAACUACAUCAUUCCAGUGACAGGCUUCUUCUGCAAGGUCUGUUCCAAGUUCUUUAAUACCAAGAAACUGGCCUUUGAGGUUCACUGUAGGAGCAACAAACAUCAUACCAAGACUUUGAUCCGUAAUCGCCAUGAAAAUCUCCUCAUGCAGCAAUUGGAGGCCAAAGCCAAGAAACUCUCUGACAAAAAAACUCCAGAAGAGUCAAGACCAGAAAUUUCUGGUUCUCCCCAAACUGUUACACCAAGCAGCAGCAGUCAGGUGACCGUUGGCAGAACUCAGAUAGUGGUCCCCAACGCCCGAAAGACCAGCAUUUAACCGAGGUCUUGAUGAAAGAAGAACUGAUAAAGAAGAUCACAACAUUCCAGGAAGAGGCACAGAAGAAUGGGAUGACACCAGCACGGCAGCGAGAGAUUGAAAAGCUGAGGAACCAGCUUCGAAGCCACCAGGUUCGAGAAGAGAAAGACAGACAGGACAGAGAGAUAAAGCUCCAACAGAGACUGCUGGAAGAGCAGCAGAAGAGCGAGGAAAAGGCGAGGGAGAUGCGGG